AUGAGUAAGCUGCGUGUGCAGCGCAAGGCAGAAGAGGCUGCCGUACGCGAACGUAAGCAAGGCCGAUCUCGUGUAUUGGCAACGGCAGAGCGUCAGACCGUCUACCACAGCGAUCACAAGCCUAACUCACCACACCCUCCUCCUGGGAACGUUCUGGCCACGCCCGAGUCCGCCCCCAUGAGCCCCUUCAUGGUGGAGUGUCUAGAGGAGCUGGACACAACUCCCCUGAUGGAGACGGGCCAGCCCACGCUGGUAGACUUCACCCCGGACAGUCCCGAACUCAAGGCGAGCAGCACGCCAUGCUGCAAGCUCUGCCAGUCUCCAGAAAAGGAGGCUCCCAAGGAUGUCGACAACUCGACAGAGAAUUGGCUGACCUUUGCUCAGGAGGACUUGCGCGCCAAUAUUUUGCGCACGAGCACACCCCAGCAGUUGUCCCCGAGCGUUUCUGCUUUUGAGACGAGUUUUACCGGGGACCCAACAGACGCACCGAAAGACAUUCCGAGCGACGAGGGGAAAGUAGGUGGACCUUGUACACUUGUCCCUCGAGUGCUGGCCAGUGGUGCAAGAGACGCGCCUUCAAGCCCAGGCCUUGUGACCCACGGCAAGGCAGUCGAAUAUUUUGGCGCUUCGGAUGGUGCCACAGCUGAAGUAUCGGCUGACGGUGCUCCACAAACGUCGUCUUCCUCAGCCACAGGCACUCCACCAUUACCGGCUCUUGUGGAGACGUUUGUCGUCGACAAAGGCUGUACCUCCAAUGCCGCCACCAUGGCCUCGCUUGGGUUGCCCAUUGCCGAGACCACCUUUACCAUCCCGGCUAUCCCCUCUGUGAACACGGCAACAAGGCAGGUUCCCUCGGCCCUGCCAGAUGCAACUAUGAUCAGGGUGGUGAAUGGCUCAUUGCGCCGGCCGUCUUCUAAACGUGCACCACCAGUUGGCAAGAGCCUUCCAUACGUGGUUGAGUACUGUCAGAGCUAUGACGAGUUGCGGAAACAGUGCAUUUCUACACGACUCCCGAGCUCUGACCCAGCCGACAUGUCAGCAUUCACUGUAUGCGCCGUUUCUACUGACACCACAAUGUUAUGGCAGCAGAUCUAG